AGUGGAAGGAAAGAGAGGAGGGGGAAAAGAGGAGAGAAAGGGAUAUUUUUGACCCGUUCUCUUUUUUUAGAGGGGCGGACGGGGGGCGAUGAGAUCGGGGGCGGUGGUCAUGGCGUGGAACGUGUUCAGGUUCUGCACCGCGCUGCGGGGCCUCGGCUCCCUUAUGAUCCUCAUCGUCGUCGGCAUCGUUGGUGUCAGCUACUACGCCGUCGUCGUCGCCAUUUACGGCCCCGCCCUCCUCACCGCCGGCUGGCUCGAUUCGCUCCUGGCCGUCGGUGUCUUGGUCUCCUUCCAUCUCCUGCUAGGAUUGCUUCUAUGGGCCUAUUUCUCUGUUGUCAUCACGGACCCUGGCAGUGUUCCACCACAUUGGAAGCCUGUCAUUGAUGAGGAGGAAGGAGAAACUGCUCCAUUAGCCAACUCGGAGUUCACUAGUCAUAUUCUGAAUUUGCAACAACCAGGACCCGUUGCGGACACAGGUAGCCCAAGGAUAAGAUACUGCAGGAAGUGCAACCAGUUGAAGCCACCUCGUUGCCAUCAUUGUUCUGUUUGUGGGAGAUGUGUACUAAAGAUGGAUCACCACUGUGUGUGGGUUGUAAAUUGCGUGGGAGCUUUAAAUUAUAAGUUCUUUCUUCUUUUUCUGUUUUACACAUUUCUUGAGACGACUCUUGUUACUGUUUCACUAUUUCCCCAUUUUAUUGCUUUCUUUAAAGAUGUGGAGAUCCCUGGAACACCAGGAACACUUGCAGCUACGUUUAUUACAUUUGUGUUGAAUCUGGCUUUUGCAUUAAGUGUUCUUGGGUUUCUUGUCAUGCACAUAUCUUUAGUGAUGAAGAAUACUACAACCAUUGAGGCAUAUGAGAAGAAAACAACUCCAAAAUGGAAGUACGAUCUCGGUCGAAAGAAGAACUUUGAACAGGUGUUUGGAACGGAUAAGAAAUACUGGUUCAUCCCUGCAUAUUCCGAGGAGGAUUUGAGAAGAAUGCCAGCCCUGCAAGGACUCAAGUAUCCCACAAAGCCGAAUCUGGAUGUACAGUAGCUCUAAAGGUUGAUGUGGAAAUGGAAAUCUCCUCUUCCUCUUCUGCAACAGACGUAGGCCCGAGAAAUAGCUUUGUACAUGCAGACCACUGAUCUUUCGCGGCUGUUCAGCAAGCACAUCUCCUAUCACAAUCUCUUCCAAAAUUUAACAUAAAAUGUGUAAGCAAGAUAGUUGAGAAAUAAAAAUAAAAAAAACAAUGUGUUACUCCAAA